AAUGAGCAAAGAGUCCACCAACUAAACUAUCACAACAUCACAUUUUCUACCAAAAAAAAGGCAAAAAAAGUAAAAAAAAAAAGCAAAGAGUCCACCAACUAAACUCUCACAACAUCUAGUGACAUUUUUUGCACAAAAAAAAAGCCCCUGUAGAAGCCUUUUUGCCCCUGCCCAGCACCGGCGGAUUUAAGCCGGCUGUCACCCCUUUGCCCGUUCUUUUCCUCUAAUCAUUUCUCCACCGCCGUUCUGAUCUCAGGCUCAUUUCUAAAGAGAGGACCCCACCAGUAUCCCUGACCAAAUAUCCAGGGAGAAACAGAGGGGGAAAAUGGAACGAAAUUGAGAGAGAUGGGUAUUCCAAUCCAAGGUCAAGAUUUUCUUUUGGAGCGUGCAUUGUUACAGAGGAAAAACAGUGAACUAUAUACAGGAGAUGGCUCUGUUGAUAUCCAAGGGAAGCCUGUCUUGAGGAGCAAAACUGGAAAAUGGAGAGCCAGCUCCUUCAUCCUAGGUACUGAAUGUUGUGAGCGUGUUACCUACUUCGGUAUUGUGACUAAUCUUGUCAGUUAUAUCACCAGCAUAUUGCACAAAGGAAAUGUUUCUGCUGCAAGAAGUGUUAGCACCUGGAAUGGAACAUGUUAUCUUACGCCACUUGUUGGAGCUUUCUUAGCAGAUGCAUACUGGGGAAAAUACCGGACAAUUGCUGUGUUCUCCUCAAUUUACUUCAUCGGGAUGUGUACUUUGACUAUAUCUGCUUCAAUUCCUGCGUUUAGGCCUCCCCAAUGCCUGGGUCUAACUUGCCCUUCAGCUACUCCAGCUCAGUCUGCAAUAUUCUUUGUGGGCCUCUAUCUAAUAGCUGUAGGGAUGGGAGGAAUUAAGCCAUGUAUUUCAUCUUUUGGUGCUGAUCAGUUUGAUGAUACCGAUCCUAGAGAGAGGGUAGCAAAGGGGUCCUUCUUCAAUUGGUUUUUCUUCUUUAUGUACAUUGGUGCACUUUUAUCUAGUAGUCUUAUUGUUUGGAUCCAAGAAAAUGUUGGGUGGGCCGUAGGUUUCGGGAUUCCUGCAUUAUUCAUGGGACUGGCUGUGGCAAGUUUCUUUUCUGGAACUCGUCUCUAUAGAUUUCGAUUACCUGGAGGAAGCCCAGUAACAAGAAUAUCCCAGGUGGUUGUUGCGUCAUUGCGUAAGUGGAAAUUUGUGGUCCCACAAGAUAGUAGUCUCUUAUAUGAAACUUCAGAUGAACAUUCAGCAAUUGAAGGAAGUCGAAAGCUAGGGCACACCGAUGGACUAAAAUCAGUAACCAUCUUGUAUCUAUUAGGGUAUUUGUCUGAUUCAGAAAUGAACAGUUGUGAUUUUUCCAGCCCUUGGAGGUUGUGCACCGUAACUCAAGUGGAAGAAUCGAAGAUCUUGAUCCGCAUGUUCCCUAUUUGGGCAACUUCCAUUUUCUUUUGUGUUGUCUAUUCCCAGUUAUCAACAACUUUUGUUGAGCAGGCAAAGGUCAUGGACAGAACUGUUGGAUCUUUCACCAUCCCUGCAGCCUCCUUAUCGGUUUUGUAUGUCAUGAGCGGUAUGGUUGGUGUCCUGGCUUAUGACAAGAUUGUUGUACCUAUGAUUAGAAACUUCACCGGCAGGGAACGGGGAUUCUCGGAGCUUCAGAGAAUUGGUAUUGGCCUCUUCAUCUCCUGCCUUGCUAUGGUAGCUGGUGCCUUGGUGGAGAGCAGACGUUUGCAGCUGGCGAAGGAACUGGAUUUGGUUGACAAAAAUGUUGUGGUCCCACUUAAGUUCUAUUGGCAAAUCCCACAAUAUUUCUUGGUGGGGUGCACGGAUGUAUUCAGCUUCGUGGGAGCUAUGGAAUUUUUCUAUAAUCAGUCACCAGAUGCCAUCAGAAGCUUGUGUGUUGCACUACCUCUGCUGUUAACCUCGGUGGGUAGUUACUUGAACUCUCUGAUUCUGACCAUUGUGGCUGCUAUUACGACUGCUGGUGGCAAAGCCGGGUGGAUACCAGACAAUAUGAACCAAGGGCACCUUGAUUAUUUUUUCUGGCUCUUGUCUGGUCUCAGCUUCUUGAACUUAUUGAUGUAUGGCUUCUGCUCCAUGAAGUAUAAACCAAAAAAGGUUCUAUGAUAACCCUGUUCAAAGAACGUCUGAAGCGAUCGGACAAUUUCACAGUUAUAGUGGUUGUAUGAUAAAUAACGUGGGAGAUUUCAGGUUUCCAUCCAAGGAAGUGUCUAGGUUGUAACAUACAUCUGUUUAUGCUCUUCUGUCUCAUGAUCUACUACAGAAGGCAAGUGGUGGUUAUGUAUUUUGUCCGUAAAUAUAUCAUUCCAAGAUCAAAAUUGUCCACUGUUUUUA